AUGCCCGGGGGGGGGGGCCUCGGCGUCGUCCAGUGUGUCGUGGUAUCGGCGGCAGGCCACAAAAAGAACCGGCAAGCCUUGUACGGAGCAGCAAGGCCUGGAUUUAGAACACGGCGAUAUGCUAGGCCCCAAGCAACGCACGUUCUUCCUGAGUUCCUGCAGCAGUUCCCAGCUGCCGCUACGCCCGAUACAGCAGAGUGCCAUGCCAUGGAGUCUGCCAGAGACCAGACGGGGGCCACAUCUUGCCCGGGCGGGCAGAUGACGGACGGCAGGUGGGGGGAGGGAGAACAUAAGGUACCCAUGGUCCCUUACCUAAGCUUGAAGAUCCGGCCACUCAGGAUUCAGGACUCAGGCGGGACACAGGAGGUUCCACUGCUCAGAGGAAAGUUGCUCAAGGCAGCGUCAGGCUACAGCACCCCCAAUCAUCUCAUCACAUCCGUCUCAACCCUCCUUUCCGCGCCGGCCGUUCCUUGCAUUCAUGUCCCCGUGCACACCUCAGCUAAAAAAGAUGCGAUGCGAUGGCAGACCCGGGGGCUUGUCACCUCCAGUCAGUGGUUGCGUCCAACAGAAAGAAUACUUCGCACUUCGCCGCCCAUGGUAUGCAUGGGAUAA